AUGUCUCGACUUGACAUAACCCAUGAACGAGCCUCAUAUCAAGCAGUAUUUGCCCUCGAUGUCAUCACAGCAGCCGGUGCCUUAAUCUUCCUGGGCCUCGCAUCAAAGCCCACUUUCCAGCGCAUCAAGCAGCGACGUUUCACAGCGCCAAACAGCAAAAACAACAGUGCGCGCGACGGGCCGCUCAAAACGACUCUGGGAACCUAUCUCUUCCUCUGGCCCGCCCUUCUUUGCCUCUUCAUUGCCUACGUAUGUCGCUUGGUAUCCGACCUCCUCAAGACCGCCGGCACAAUCAACUAUGACGACGACCUAGGCUGGAACGGACGCCGCGCCUACAGCACCGCCGAUAGCGGGUAUGCCUCCAACAUCUCAGCCCUAACCUUUACCACAGCCCUCGCCACCAUCUUCUUCACCGUACUCCUCAACGGCGGCGUAUGGAUCCACUCAAGCCACGUACAGGAAAACGGCACCGGCAUCAGCACCCCGCGAACUAAAUCCCGUAUCUGGAACUCGGCCAUCAUGCUCGCUAUGCUAGGCACCGGUCUCGCGGCCUGGGGGCUAGGUAUCCAUGCCAGAGAUGUCUCAACAGGAAGUUCGGGCCCGCACGCCCUGCUCUCCUGGUCAACCGUCCUGCAGCACCAUCGCGCAACGCGCAUCAUGUAUAUCGUCCACGAGGCGAUUGUCGUUGCAGCGAGCUUGAGCGUGUCGAUUGAAGUACUGAGGGAGUAUGCAACUACGAAUAGGAAUGCGCGGGACUCUCCAGAGCGGAAAGAUCUCCUCCGCUUCGCCUUUGCCGUCGUCCCGCUCAUCUGGCUGCGCGAUAUAUUCAUCCUGUACGACGUUGUGCUGCUGUAUGUGGAUACGGCGGGCUGGUCGGCCACGGCUGUUGAUGCGACGACGCUGCUACUUGUUGUGUGUAGACAGCUUGCGAAUCUCGCGAUUCUGGGGAUGGUGCUUUGGGGCGCGUGGAGGAUGAGCAGGAGUGUUGCGCUGUUUGGACGCAGUUAUUAUGCGUGA